AUGGGUUUGAUGAACUGGUUGUGGGAACAACACCUUUUUCUAAUGCAUCAAUGUUUUUCACUACCAUUUGCAUUUUUGUUUUAUUUUCUUGCUAAACGGGGAUAUCUGUCUUUGACGUACAGGUACCUGUUUGUUUCUGUUGGAGGAUGCGUCCUGGCAGUCGUCACGAUGGGCAUCUACAGCUCGCUUCUCUUCACCUCCACCGUCGUCUUUAUUCUGCUCGUGUGCUCCGUGGAUCCCAGCUGUGUCCACGUCUGGGUGUUUGGUAUCCAGAUGUUGUGGCAAACCUUCUGGCACCUGCUUAUACAGUACAGGGAAUACUACAUGCAUGAGCCUGUCAGCAUCAGAUUGUUUUUGGCAGUGUCCACAUUGAUGCUGCUCACUCAGAGAAUCACUUCGGUGUCCAUGGACCUCCAGGAGGAACGAGUCCUGCUAACAUUUAAAUCCAAAAGGGAGGCUUGUGUGAUGCUUCUUCCUCUCAUCAGCUACAUCCUCAAUUUCACCACACUGCUCGGUGGGCCUUUGUGCUCCUACAGCCGAUUUGUGUCCUCAAUGGCGGGGAUCAGCCUUAACGCUCCACCGAAUCCACUGGGUGUAGUCUUCCUAAAGUUGAUGCAGGUGUUAUUGCUGGAGUGGUUAAGGUAUUGUCUUGUCCAUUUUCUGAAACACAACCCGUAUGAUCCAUCCAACUCUAUGAUUCUCUAUGGCGUCCUGUGGGUUUGGAGUCUGGCGGUGGUUUUGAGGAUCCAAUAUUAUUCUCACUGGAAGGUCAGUGAGUGCCUCAAUAACGCAGCUGGGUUCGGCUUUUGGGAAAAGUCACCAGGAGACUCCCCAGACUGGAGCAGACUAUCCGAUGGAGAUUUCUGGACCAUCGAAGCGUCGAGCUGUAUGUCAGAGUUUGCCCGACGAUGGAACGCCACAACAGCUUCAUGGCUGCGUAGGCUUGUUUAUAUAAGGUGCAAACGUUUCCCGUUGUUCAUGACUUUUAGUUUCUCACUGUGGUGGCACGGCUGUCAUUUAGGUCACUUUGUGGGAAUUUGGACCUGGGCGGCAACAGUGAAAGCAGAUUAUCAUAUACACAGGUACUUGCACACAAAACUGUCGUCAACAUGGCGGAAAAUAUACACCUGUUUAAGCUGGAUGAACAUUCAAAUGAUUGUUGCUUGUAUUGUUAUAGCAAUAGAAUUCAGAAACAUGUCUGGUCUUAGACUUUUGUCUCUAACACACAUAGGUCUGUUUCCACUUUUUAAUAUAAUUCUGUUCUUUAUUUUAUUAAAACACAAUACAGAUUAGUAAUUAGGCUUGAACGAUUUUGAAAAAUAUCUAAUUGGGAUUAUUUUGACUGAUAUUGCAAUUGCAAUAUGAUUUGCAAUAUUACAUAAUUAU